AUGCGUUUCCUGAUUCUCUUUUCGAUAUUGUCCACUUUACCGUCCGACGGAUACGGUAUUCCGGCGAACAACGAGACGUUGAAAGUGCGCCUCAACUUGCCGUUCUUCAAGUUUUUCAGCAGAAACGGACAUCAUGUGGUGGGCAUUUUAAUGGGUUGAACAGAGUGUUCAAAUGAUAUUCAGGUGGACGAGGAGAUCCCGAAGAUCACGAUUCCGGAGAUCAAGCUGCCGUUUUCGACGAGUGUCGGACGGGGAAUCGUGAGAACGAACGACUUGAAAAUCGAAAAGUUCAGCUCGCCAAAGUGAGUUCCGCCACAACAACAACAAUAUUCAUUUCCAUCACCUUAACUUUUCAGAAUUGACUUCAAACUUUCCGACUCUGGAAUCGGCUGGUGGACGAGUGGCGGCGCGAUCAAACUGUCCGGGAAGUGGCACGCAAAGUUCACAGAGCUGAUUACGGUAGCUACAGUAAUCCUUUGUUUCCUUUAAAAGCUUCCAGGUGCGUGACAAAGGAUGGCUGAACGCGUACGCGACCGGAAUCCAAAUGAACAUCUCGGCGUCGGCUUAUCAAUUGGACGGACAGCCGCAAGUGCGCAUCGGAGACUGCACCGUCGACAUUCAGAAGUUGGACGUUGAGUUCGGUAGAGUGCACUUUCCGCCGCUCACUCGCAUCUUUUCAGAAUCGGCGGAAGUGUCAUCUCUUGGCUCGUCAAUCUCUUCGAGACCCCGUUCUCGAAACUUGUGAAGCAAGUGAUCAACUCGCAGGCGUGCACGGCCGCCCGCGGAAUCCUUCUGGACGAGGCCAACCGAUUCCUCCACUCGCUUCCCUCGCACGUGGACAUCGGAAAGAACUUCUACGUGGAUUACUUUGUAACCAAGAAUCCACAUUCAACUAGGUGAUCGGAAGGGGUACGAAUGAAUCAGAAGAUUCUAUAUUUUCAGUGAUUACUCCGAGUUCGAUUUGGCUGCUGAUAUUGUUUACGGGAAGAGUGAGUGUCACCCUGUGAAGGCUGCCAACUGGACCGGUAUGUUUAUAUUGAGGCUCAAAUGACCCACAACACCUACCGUAACCAUCCAGAUGCCGGCUCCCCUCCCGGAAUGCUCACCUCGUGGCUCUCCGUCUCCGUCCCCAACUGCCUCAUCGAAUCCGCCCACCGUAACCAGCUCGUCCAGCUCGUCGUCUCCAAAGACAUUCCCGUCGUCGAGCCGUAUCUGAAGACGUCGUGCGGCUUCCUCGGUCUCUGCAUCGGAAAGUUCUUCCCGAAACUGAAGUCGGAAUAUCCGAACGCCUACGUGGAUCUGCUCUUCCACACCCACGACACACCGUUCUUCGUGAUGAGCGAGCGGAGCGGAGUGCUGUUGAAUAUGAGUUUAGCCGUCGAUUUGUUCAUCAAUCCGUACGCGAAGACCAAGAAGAGCAUUCUGGCGCGUCUCGUCGUCGACACCUCUUCCGACGUGGAGCCCUUUCUGAACCACACGAAGAUUCACGGACGUCUUCUGAACAGCACAAUCAACGCACGCGAAGAGUUCUCCAAUAUCGGCAACGUCUCCGAGACGUGAGUCUUUCAGAUCUUUUCGAUUCUGCUACUCUGCUCAUUUUCAGAUUCCUAAAAACGUUCUCGAGUAUCCUGUCGAUGACUGCUCGGCAGGCGGUGAAGACGGUGCUCAGCGUCGGCAUUCCGAUUCCAUCCUACGAUAAUGUGACUCUGGCGGGUGAGUAAUCUCGGCCGUUUCAUCGCAAAACAGUGGAUUGUGUUGCAGACUCGUCGCAGAUUGAAAUCUUCGACCAAUAUCUUCGUGCCAACAUCGACUUUGAGUACAUCUGA